UGUUGGGACAGAGUUCCUGUGGGCAGCCCUAGGAGCGCCCCCACUGGCUGGGCCCGUCCCACGGGAGCCAGACGGCUUCCUCCCCUCCCACAUCUGAGGAAGUCUCGCCAAGCCUGCGGCGGUGGGGUGGAGUGACCUGCCCGCCCGCAGACACCUCUUUCGCUCAGUGACCGCAGCGAGCAGCUCUGAGCAGGACCCUCCCUCCCGAAAAAGCCUUGCAGUCCCCCCCGUGCCCCGCGCCAUGAAGACCGCCGGACUACCUUCUCUUCUUCUCCUCCUCUCUCUCCUGCUGAUCAGGACAGAAUCAAAUACAACAGAUCCGUCGCCAAGUACAGUUCCAGGACCAGGUGGACAAUCAAUCCCAACAACAACUCCAACAACUCCAAAUAAUAACACAACAACAGACAUAGGCGGAGAUUCAAAUGCAACUUCAAGUGUAACCCAAACAGGAUCAACACUAAAUCCGAAAGAAGACUCUCCAAAAACAAAGCCAACUGAUGCAGCCACAGUCACCUCAGCACCGGGCAGUACCCUAGAAACAGCACCUAUGACUACCCCCUCGGCAAACGAGACAGGACAAAUUGAGGGAAAUGAUGGCCAAACUGAGAACAUGACCAAUUCAGCAGAUCUCCCAGAUACCACCAUCACCAGCAAGCCAAAGGAGACAGGACCCACUACGGCAGGACCAAAGUCAUCAAAAGCUCCAAACACGACAGUGGCCAUAUCAGGCACACCUGCACCAAAGCCAGAUGUACCUAUGCCAAAGAGCUCAGGAGAUAAAGAAAAAUUAAUAGUGAAUAAUGGAUCCGAUAAACAUAAGGGACCGACAACCGAGCCUCCCAAAGACAAGAAGAUGCUUUGGAUUCUGUUGCCUGUAUUGGGGGUUCUGGUAGCAGGGGUCAUCUUUGUUCUGAAAAAGUACACGAAGGGCCACGGACACACAGGCACGGCAGAAAACGGAACAGAAAACGCUUCCUUUCAAAGCAGAUCUGAGAGCAAUAAAGACGGGGUGAUGCUUCUGGGGGUGAAAACAUCAGAAGGGGAGGGAAACGCAGCUGCAAGAUAAGGAAGAACCAACAUACUACUGAGUGGACCAAGAGACAGGCCAGUGCUAUGACCAGGAAAAAAGGGUUCCAAGUCUUGCACUGUUUGAUUAUUUGGCUUUUUUUGUUACACUUAAACACAAUGGGGCAACUGCAACCAGACUAGCAGGAGUUUAAACCUCAUGUUUAAUCCCCUAGGACACAGAACUGCAUUAAUACUGGAACAGCUACUACUAUUCUCAGAUUGAGAGUAGCUAUUCCACUUUUAUACAGAAGUUCCACUUCUAUAUGGACUAGAGGUUUAACUUGAAACUCCUGCUCAGUUGAUUGCAUUUGCCCCAUUGUUACAAAUGUCACAUUAAAUCUAUUACACAUAAACAGUUAUUUGGAAACAAACUACAUUGCCUGAGUGAUGUGCUGUCAGGUGCAAGAGGAAAUGAUGUCACUGACUGAAGAAAAGAAACAAGGAAUCUCAUCCAGAGACAUGUGGCAGUCAUUUAAAAAAAAGACUGGAAGUUGAAUAUUUGAAAUAUGGAGAAAAGACCUUUUUUUAAAAAAAUGAAUGGAAAGCAACGGAGUGCUUUUAUACCCUGAUGUGUCUAGUGAGCUACAGGCUAAACGGGUAAAUGAAGCUGUUGCGUACAGUGAGACUAGGCCAGAACCAAGGGUUGAGAGACAGAAGCUGCCAUUGGAACACUGAGUGAAAACAAACAAUGAUGCUGAACUUUCUGGAAGCUUCUGCAUGUGUACGUAAGACAUGUUAUAAGCCUAUAGGGAACAUUAGUAAAUUUGAGAUGUAAAAAAAUUAAGUAAAGCAUUAACAUGCACACACGUACACAUGGGCACACACAUACACGCACUCACACAAACACACACACGCAUACUCACACACAUGCAUGCACACACACAUGCAAACAAACAUACAAGUGCAUGCACAAACAGCAGAUCACUGAAAAGAUUGUUACACAGUGGUUAAAAUGUAUAUUUUUAGAAAUUGCACAAGGAAGAGUCUUUUGAGCCAAAUAAUUUCUGCCGGCGAUUGAUUACACACUGUUUUAUUUUGUUGUGUUUUUUCCUUUCAUUUGGCUAUAAGAAUCAGUCUUGAUUGUCCAUUCUAUGCAAUAAAGAAUAUUAUAUUCAUUUUCUGAUAAAUUCAGUAGUUGUACAAAUAUGCUUAAAGAUAAUUUUAUUAUUAUGUUUGUAUGUGUAAUCUCAAGGAAAAAUCAAUCCAAGCCCCUCAUUCCUCAUAACGUUUUGUGAAUUGUGACCAGUGAAAUCCUUGAACCAGAGCCAAAUAUUGUGGCAAAGUUUUUUAGUGGAAUGUUUCAUAUGUCAAAGGGAAAUAUUUCAGAUGGCAAAAAGCAGGCAUAAACGUACUGAGCACUGCUCUGCUGGGUUUGCAUAAAGGAUUCCUUUAAUACCGAAUGUCAUUAGAAUCAAAUGAUUCUAGAAUCAAAGAAAAUGAGGGGACAUAUACUUUAUAUGUCUGAUGUUAGAAUUGUGGACUGUUGUUUAAUUUAAAAAUAAAAUGGCAUACUAUACCUCCACACCACAGUCCAUAUUAAACCCUCCUUCCAGUUAUUGCUCCGUAACAAUCAUCUGUCACAACUGAUCAUACAAUAGGAACAAUAAGAAAUAAGCUUAUGAACUUCUGUUUUAAAUAAUUGACAAUAAUUGUAAUAAAUAUAACUGACCCUCCCCCCACACUGAAAAGCUUUUAGAAAUGAGGUAAAAUUUUGGUGUCCUAUCAAUUCAGUCUUUUGCUUUUGGAUUCACUUUGUUAUACCAUCCCAAGAGAUGGUUUAAAACGUUUUUGUCACUGUUUUCUUUGCUUUUGAUGUUUUGUGUUUUCAUUCUUAGAAUAUUUGUGAAUAUUUGUCUUAGUUUUUGAACCAGUUUUGUGCAAACAGCAAAUCUUUUUCUUUUUUAAAUCAUGUUUCAUUAAAGUUCUCAUAAUUUUUCCUA